AUGAGUGAUAAUGAAAUUAAAUCAUCUUCAAUGCAUCAUCACCGUCAUCAUCAUCAUCAUCAACUGCAAUUGCAAGAGGAACAACUCUUAACCAAUGAAGACAACUCCUAUUCUCAAAACCAAAAUAAAGAUAGCAGUGAUAGUUGCUUAACUGCUCCACUUAUAACUGAUAUAAACACCACUAAUAAUGGCAUACAACUUAAUCAAGAACAACCAUUAGUACCAUAUGAUUCAUCAAAUGAAGAAACCCCGUUAUUAUUAAAUAAUUCAAUAUCCACUAUCACCACCACCACUACCACCACUAAGUCAUCACAAUCAACAUGCUUCACUUGGUAUUAUAUUAUAAUAAUAAUAACAUCUAUAAUAUUGAUUGGAUUAUUAUGGGGUGGUAUUAUUUAUAAUAUUGUUCAUAACAUUGAAUCAUCAAUUAACGAUUCCAUUCAAUUUAAUCUUGAUCAAGUAUCGAUUCAACUGAUAACUUCUCAAGGUAUCAAUAUUCAUAUAUUAGGUUCAAUUGAUAUUAAUUAUAAUGAUAUUAUUAAUCUGAUUCAACGGAAUUCAAUUAAAUUGAUUACUGGGAUAUUUGGUAGUUUAACAAUUAUAAAUUUACAACCCAUUGAAAUUUAUAGUAAAUUUAUUGAUUUAGAAGAAAAUGACAACCUGUCGUUUAUUCAUUUGGUGGAUUCUUAUAUUCCUUCAAUACAACCAAUUGAUAUUAAAAUUGGGAAUUUACAAACUACUGAUAUUGAUAUUAUAUCAUCUUGUAAAUUUAUUAAUAAUGAAAAUUUUAUGAAAUUUUUAAAUGAUUAUUAUAAAUUACAAAAUGAUGAUGAUGAUGAUGAGGAGGAUGAUAAAAUUAAUUUGAAAAUUAAAGGAUUAGUUAAACAAGUCAAAAUUAAAUUAUGGUGGAUGAUUCUGUAUGAUGUGGAAAAUAUUGAAUUUUAUAAAGAUGUAACAAUUUAUAAACAUGAUAUUAUACCUACAGUUAAUAUUGAUAAAUUUAAUCUUUAUUCAACAAUUGAUAAUAAAGGUAAUGAUAUUAUUAAUAUUAAAAUUAAUGCUUUAAUUGAAAUACCAAAAUUUAUUUUAUCAUCAAUUCCAAAUUUAAAAUUUAAAUUUGGCUUUAUUAAUUGGAAUUUAUUUUUCAAUGAUUGUGAUGGGAUAGAUAAAUUAAUUAAAGUGGGAUAUUGGCAAAGUUGUCCAUUUCAAAUAGUACACCAAGAAGGAGAAAACCUAUAUCAACCUAUUUUAUUGACAGUCAUAGGGAAUAUAUCAUCUAUACCUGAUGAAUUAAUGAAUGAAUGUCCUAAUAAUAAUGAUGGUAAAAGUCCAUUAAAUAAAAUAUUACAAAAAUAUUUAGAUAAUGAACCCAUUGAAUUUUAUCUACAAUUGUUAAGUAGUUUAGAUGAAAACGAUAAUGGGAUACCUGAUUGGUUAUUUAAAUUUUUACAUGAUACACCAAUUAAAUUAACUAUAACAUUACCGAAAAUGAAUAUAGAUCAAUUUGAUUUUCAUGAAAAUCUUGAAAUUAUAAAUCAUUCAUCUGAAGUUUCGAUAAUGAAUAAUGAUCAAUUUUUAGUUAGUCAUUGGAAUUCUAAUAUUUCAACAUUAAUUACAACAAUAAAACCAUUCAAACUGGUAGAUUUGGAUAUAAAUAAAUUUAAAUUUGAUUUUGAAAUAUCGUCUAUUGAUAAUAAUGUUUUAGUUAAAGUCAAUUCUAAUGAUGAAUAUAUUUAUAUAACUAUGAUUAAUGAUAAUCAAGAAUUGAUUAAUAUGGUUAUGAAUUUACCAAAUUUGAAUAUUUCAAUAAUUGAUGCCCACCAAAUGGGCAAUAUUAUCAAUAAACUACUCAAUAGGGAUUAUACGGAUAACGAUGGAGAAAAAGAACCGGACUUGUUUAUUGAAGGUAAUGUAUAUGACGUAUAUGGGAAUUUACCAAUAUGGAAAAACAACAACAACAACAACAAGCAAAGGAAGUUGAUUGAUCAUUUAUCUAUACCAUUGAUGAAAUUACCAAAAUUAUCAACUAUGGAAAGUUUUCCAGCUUAUACUUUGGAUACGUUAUCAAAUUUAACUAUUACAAUAACAAACCUUUAUUUAAUUGAAUCAACUAUUCGAAAACUUGAAUUAUCAAUUGAUUUAACUAUUUAUAAUCCAACCAAUUUCAACAUUAAUUUAGAUUCAUCAAUAUUAAUAGAUUCAAUAAUUUGGCAAAUUUUUAAAAAUGAUUCAUUAAUUAGUUCAAUAAAAGUAUCAAUACCGGACACUAAAGGUGGAAAUGGAAAUGGAAAUGAAAAUGGAAAUGGAAAUUUAUUCAUCCCUAUUCAAGAUUAUUUCAAUACAACUAUGAAGAUAAAUAUUUACUCAUUAAAUUAUCGAGAUAAAUCAAUAUUAGAAAAUUCAAUAAGUUCAUUCAUAUCAAAUGAUAAUUUAUCCAAUAUCACCGUAGCACCAGUCAUUCCCAUUAUCCAUUCUAAUCCAUUGAUGGAAUUAUUAUUACCAAUUGAAUUAACUAAUAUAACAAUAAAUUCACAAAUCUUAACAAAUGGUAUAAUAAAUUUCCCAGAAAAAUUGAUUCAAAAUAUUCAAAUUCAUUUAUUAACUUCACAAAUCCAAUUUGAAAUUUAUAACCCAAUAAUUAAUUCUUCAAUUAUAUUGUAUAUUUAUACUGGGUUAGCUAAAACCAAUACCACCACAGAUGGAAGUGGAGAUGGUGAUGGGGAUGGUGACGGUGAUGUUAUUGAAUUGGGUCAUUUAUUACAUCAAGAACGAUUAAUUAUUCCAUUUUCACAAAAUGGACAAAAUGGGAUUUAUAAAUCACCGAAAUUACCAAUUAAAAUAAACCCAAUGGGUAUGGAAAUCUUGAAGAAAAUUUUAUAUGAAAAACCUGAUCCUGAUGGAAAACAUUCUGUGAAAAAUGUGGAAAUAAAUACUGUAUUUAAUGUUAAAAUUGAUCAAUUUGAUGUUGAAUUAUAUUAUAAUGGUAAUAUUGAUGUGAAAUUGGCCAUGUAA